UCCUUUAACAAACUAAAUAUCCUCAUCUCUUUCCCUUGCCGCUUCACCAAGUUAACCAUGUCCACUCACUUUCACAACCACCACCACCAACACCAUGGCCUCCCCUCUAACCCCUCCGCCAUCACCACCACCCUUCAUCCCCCACCACCAUCUCCACCACCACGCUCCUACAUUUCUCUCCACAGCCCCCAUUCUCACCCGCCGCUCCCUCCUCCUCUCCACAUCCUUAUCCACUCUCACACCAACACCCAUUGACACCACCAUAACCGACCGUAUUUUCAUGGACUUCUCACUCUGCCCUAACUAUUUCCGUCCAGACAGAACUCUUUCAGACACCGUAGCAACUCUCUGCACCGAAUCCACCUCUCUUGGCCGGAUUAUCCUAGGACUCUACGGCAACCUAGUCCCGGUCACUGUAUCUAACUUCAAAACCAUGUGCAAAACUUCUAGUUUUUCUUACAAGAACACACUUGUUCAUAAAAUACUUCCCGGUCAGUUUUUUGUCGCCGGAAAACAAGGGAGGAGGGAUAAAGGAGAGGUGAGAUUGGCGGUGGAUCAGCUGGUGAGAAAUACGGAGAGUGUUGAUUCUAAAGCGUUUAAGCUUAGACAUUCGAGAGCUGGGAUUGUGUCUCUGUGUUUGUCGGAGAAUGAUGAUGAGGAUGAAGUUAAGCUUGAUCCUGAGUAUAGAAAUGUUGAGUUCUUGAUUACUACUGGACCUGGUCCUUGUCCUCAGUUGGAUAAUAAGAACAUUGUGUUCGGAGUUGUUCUUGAAGGAUUGGACGUUGUACGAAGCAUAGCUUCAAUCCCAACAUACCAACCAGCAGAAAAAAUAAGGCAAUUCAAUGAGUUGGCAUCGUUUCUAGGAGAUGAAAGAGCACAGAAUGCUCGAGCCAGUUGGAACAAACCACUCAAGACUGUUUUCAUCAGUGACUGUGGACUGCUUUAACUCUCUCUUUCCCUCCCAUCCUUAAUCUCAUCAUUCCUUCACUCAGCUUCAUGUGCAUACUUUUCCAUGUUUAUUCAUCACUAAACAAAGAUUUUAUAUUAUGUAAUGAAAAAUUAAUGUGCAAAAGCCAUAUAUUUUUUUA